UCAAAGUUUAGGGCGUGGACAUUCGUCAUUUUGAUGAUCAAUUCCCAGCCCUUUCAAAAUUCAAACCCUAAAUCCUUUUUGGCGCUCCCAAUUUUGCAUCAAGAACUCAAAUUUUCCAAAUAAGCAAAAUCUCCGCGGUUCAAGAUCUUCACUUUUCAAUCUCUGACAUUCAAUUUUCUACCCUUCUUGCUGAAUUAAGCUUUCGGUUGCCUUAUUCAAUGGACCCAGACGUCGACGUUUCGCGGUGGGUCAUCGAGCUUCUCCUUCGGGACCGCGAGAAGGAUUGCAUUGCCAAGAGGCUCCUCGCAGUCGCACCCUUCUCGGACCAAGACUUUCGCUUGAAGAAGACCGUACUCCUCCGGACGAUCGAGUGCGAAGUCUACGAAGCUUCGGUCUCCGAAACGAUCCUCGAAACGCUUGAAAUGAUUGAGGAUUUGGAUAUCAGAGAAGGCAUUGCCACCACGGAAUCCAUGAAAGCCGCCUACUGCUCUGUGGCCACUGAGUGUACGGUCAAGUUCUUAGUGGGUUUUAUGGGAAAGCCUAGUGGGAAAUACUUGGAGGCCGUGGAUCGGAUUUGGAGAGGGAGGGUUGGGGUUUUGGAGCGGUCUGGGAGGAGCCAGUUGGUAUCGGCGGAGUUGAGGCAUCGAAUGGAGGAGAUCGAGGCAGGGGUUUGGGAUUUGCGAGUGUCGAAGAAGUUGUCGAGUAUGAACACGAGGAAUGAUGCGCUGAGAUCGGUUUCGGUUUAUGUAAAGGAAGCUUUGGCGUUGUUAGGACCUCCGUUUAUUACUUGGGCUAUUAGAUUGAAUGUGCCCAUGGAAGUUGCCGACUUGGAAGCUGAUCACAUUGCAGUGGUCAAUGAGGUUAAUGUGGGUGGUGGGUCUGAAUUCGAAGGGCAAAUGGGGAAGGGGGCUAAUGCGCGUAAUGGGCCUGAAUUGGAGGUACAAAUGGCGAAUGGGGCUAAUGCGGGGGAAGGUUGUUCUGACUUGGAGGCUCAAAUGGUGAAUGGAGCUAAGGGUGAUGGUGGGUCUGAAUUGGAGACUCAAAUAGCGAGUAGAGCUAAUGUGGGUGGUGGUGGGUCUGAAAUGGAGGCUCAACUGCGGGACGAGGCAAAUGUGGGGCCCAGUGGAUCGGAGUUAGAAGAUGAAGUGGUGAGGGUGACUAAUGUGGGUGGUCGGUCCGAUAUGGAGGUGCAAAUGGAGAAUGGGACUGGUGUGGGUGAUAAGUCUGAAUUGGAGGAGCAAAUGAUUAAUGGGACUAAUGUGGGUCACGGGUUCCAGUUGGAGGAGCAAACUAAGAAUGGGACUAAUGUGGCCGGUCACUCUGAAUUGGAGGCACAAAUGGUGAGUAGAGGUAGAGCAAAUGUGGUCGAUGGGUCUGAGCCAGAAGCACAAACUGGUAAUGGGACUAAUGAGAGUGAUGGGUCUCAAAGGCAUGCACAAACUACGAAUGGGUCUAAUGUGGGUAGUCAGUCUGAGUUGGGGGCGCAGCCAGUGAAUGGGGCUAAUGUACGUGAUGGGUGUACAUAUGAGGGGCAAAUGGUCAACGGGGCUAAUGUUAGUAAUGGGUCUGAAUUGGGUCCUAUAUUGGUUGCAGUCCCAUUGAAGGAAGUUCGGGUAGGGAGCUCGCUGCCUACUGUGAGCCGGGGCUUGGUUUUGAAUGAUUUGGUUGAAAUAGAUUCUGGAUUCAGAAACAGAGAAGUACACAGGUCGGCUGAUGAUCAGGCUCCUGGUCAAGUGAACGAGACAGGCUUGGCUAUACCUGGUCGGAAUGGGGAGCUGGGUCUCAGUAUUGACCAUUCCACGAAAGAUAAAGAAAAUCAGAGGUCUGCUAUGCCUAGACGCAAGCACCUUGCUCAUAGACGCACCAGAGGACCGAUUAGGAUUAGGGAUGCUGAAGAUUUAGGCACAGAUGUAUCAGAUGGAAAAUAUGGUUCCUUAGAUACCCCUGAAGUUAACAGAGCACAGGAAGCACUUAAAUCCAGUAUUUCGGAGCUCCAAGAAUUAGUAACAGAUCCACUUCCAGAUGCUUUGCGAGUGUCUGAAACUGUAAGAUCUAGUUUGGCAAUGAGAUCUGUAAGUCACGUAAAUGGAAAAGAUGUAGGUGCAGAAAAUCCAUCUAUCGAGAAGGGUGCUGAGCCUGUUCAAUCUAAUAAUGAUAAUGUUGGAAAUCUUCCAUCCAGACAUCAGAAUGAUCCUCAAUCUAGUGGAAUAGAAAAGGAUGUUCCAAAUCCGCCUGUUGACCCGGGAGGCACUGAGUCUCUUCAAACUGAUGCUGCCAAUCUUAGAAAUCCUUCUUUCAGUAAUCAGACUAACGUUGCUCGUCCUAGCUUGGCGGAACGUAAUAGUACAACCCGUACUUUCGAGUGGGAGGAAUCGAUAAAUACAUCACAAGAAGGAACAAAGAAAGAUGCGGGCAGGCUUCACCUUCCUAGCCCAAAGAGGACUGCUGUAUCUCCUUUGAAGAAGCAUGAGGAUACGAGAUUUAGUAAGAGAAGAAAAGUUAAAAGAUGGAGCUUAUUGGAAGAAGACACCUUAAGGACUGGUGUACAGAAGUAUGGAGAAGGAAGCUGGAGCCUUAUCUUGAAAAGCUACUAUGAUAUAUUCAAAGAGAGAACUCAGGUUGAUCUGAAGGACAAGUGGAGAAAUAUGAAGGGGUAGCGGCACCUGUGAAUACUCUGCUACUCGGUUGUAUUUUCGUCAUCCCGUACCUUAUCGGACGUGUACAUUUGCUCUUAGCAUAUUCUGUACAACUACAGGAUGUGGAUGCAAGAUGUUUUUUGUAGUGUCCUUUUAUCCACUUGUAUUCUUUGGCUCCUUUUUGCUCCUUGUAUUCGUGGAUGAGCAAUUUAGCACGUGGGGGGUUUGUAGAUUUGCAUAAGAGGAUUUUUUAGUAAGUAUCUGUAUAAAUGUUCCCAUAAAUUUAUAAAUAAUGGAUGUACAGAGAUGGCCUUAAGUUCA